CACCACCUCUGACAGCAACGUCAGAUAUCUCGUCUGUUCGGUCACUACUCCGCAGGUCGAGCGAGCCCAGUAAUCAUCACGCGAUUACACGCCUGCACGGCCAUCUCCGCGCAGCCUCGUAUUUUAUUUUGGACCCCCCAGCUGCUCCAGGAGGCACCACACCACCCGGCCUCAUCGGCGUCUCCACAAGCACACGACGACGACAGCGACGACGGAGCUCAUUUAUUCCGCGUUCCCAGCUUUUCUGACUCGGCGUGAAUCUCUUGUGUUUGUCGUCCACCGACUCGACAAUCGAGCAUAGACUCGCAUGAGCAGCGCUCGCGACGACUCACCGUCGUCCACCCUGCGCGACAGCGCGACGGCGCUAGGUGCCGGAACCGCCGCGCCUCCUCCUGCGGCCCCAGCCCCUGCUCCCGCCACCGGCCGUCCAGCAUCAACAGUCGCUAGCUCGAGCGAAGAUGAAAAGACCAAGGCCUUUGGCGAUAUCGACGAAAAGGACGCCACUCACAAGGCUGCCAUGGGCAAGCAACCCAAAGGCGACUAUGAGGAGCGCGGCAUCGUCGAGGUCGAGGAGGACGGCAAGGUCCGCAAGGCCAUGGUCGUCAUUGAGGAGAAGUCGGGCAAGGAGCUCCUAAAGGAUGUCGCUGGUGGGCCGUACACCACGCCCCAGUGGCGGCACUCUCUGCCCUUCGUCAAGCCAAAGUACCCGCCACCGCCGGCGCCGCUCUCGCUCGACGACGCGCAGUUCACGCCAGAGAUCGGCUCAAACUUCUUCUCGUACCUCUUCUUCAACUGGGUCAGCCCGAUGAUGGCGCUUGGCUCGGCAAGGACGCUCCAGCCGUCCGACAUGUGGAAGAUGGGCGACGACCGGAGUGCCGGUGUGCUCGCGCAGAAGCUCACGGGCAACUAUGAGCGCCGGAAAAAGGAGGCAGAGGAGUACAACAAGCUGCUCGUCGACCCCGCCACUCCGCUGCCACUGUCCAAGCGCAUCCUCUACCCCCUGCUUCCUCACCGCGAGAAGCGCGAGCACGACUAUCGCACUAAAUUCGGCCAGAAGAAGGCCUCGCUCGCCUGGGCCCUCAGCGAUACCUUUGGCUCGUGGUUCUGGAUGGCCGGUCUGUUCAAGUUUGUUGCGGAUAUUGCCACGGCAUGCUCGCCCCUCAUCCUCCGCGCCCUCAUCAAGUGGAGCACGAAGUACGAGCUUGCGAUGCACGGCCUCGGCCACUACCCCAGCAUCGGCUCGGGCAUCGGCAUGGCCAUCGGCCUGUUCUUCCUGCUCGUCGUCUCGUCGAUCGGUCUCCACCACUUCUUCUUCCGCUCCAUGGCUGUCGGUGUGCUCUCGCGCGCUGCUCUCAUCUCUGCGAUUUAUGAGCGCGCACUCCGUCUCACGCAGAAGGCACGCGGUGAGAUUCCCAACGGCAAGAUUGUCAACCACAUCUCGACCGACACGUCGCGUAUUGACUUUGCCUCGGGCUUCUUCCACAUUGUGUGGACCGCGCCGAUCCAAUUCAUCGUUAUCAUGAUCAUCCUGCUCGUCCAGAUCGGCUACUCGGCCCUUCCCGGUAUCGCCUUCCUGCUGGUCAUGACGCCCGCCCAGGCGACGAUCAUGAAGCAGCUAUUCGCGAUCCGCAAGAAGGCAAUGGUUUGGACCGACAAGCGUGCCAAGCUGCUGCAGGAGGUUCUCGGUGGUAUGCGCAUCGUCAAGCUCAUGAGCUGGGAGGCUCCCUUCCUGGAGCGUCUCCGCGCUAUCCGUGGCAUGGAGAUCAAGUACAUCCGCACGCUCUUGGUGGUGCGAUCUGCAAUGAUGGCCUUUGCCAUGUCGCUCCCCGUGCUGGCAACCAUCCUCGCCCUCAUCACCUACUCGGCUACCGCCCACACUCUCCAGGCCGCGACCAUCUUCACCGUCGUCACCCUCUUCCAGCUUAUGCGCAUGCCGCUCAUGAUGUGGCCCAUGACCCUCAGUGCCAUUGCCGACGCUGCCAACGCCCUUGGUCGUCUCCAGGCCGUGUUUGACGCCGAGGUUACCACCGAGGAGCGCCUCAUCGACCCUGACAUGGACGAGGCUGUGCGCAUUGUCCAUGCCUCGUUCACCUGGGACGCAGCUCCUCCCGUCGAGGAGGAGGUCGCCAAGCUCGAGGCCAAGCUCGCUGCCGCUCAGGCGAAGAAGGCUGCCAAAGAGGGUGGCGGCACCACUGGCCACGCUACCCCCGCGAAGACUCCUGUCGCCAAGACCCCCGCAAAGACUGGCGCCGGCACUCCUCCCCCUGAGGCCGAGGCCGACAUCUUCCAGAUCAAGGACAUCAACCUCUCCAUCCCCCGCGGCUCGCUCACUGCCAUUGUCGGUGCCAUUGGUUCUGGCAAGUCGUCGCUUCUUCAGGGUCUGAUGGGCGAGAUGCGCCGUACCGAGGGCAAGGUCAUCUUCUCUGGCUCGACUUCACUCUGCGCCCAGACUCCCUGGAUCCAGAACGCUACUGUCCGCGAGAACAUUCUGUUCGGUCUUCCGUUCGAGGAGGACCGCUACUGGGCUGCUGUCAAGCACGCGUCCCUUGAGCCCGAUCUCGAGAUCCUUGAGGACGGAGACGGAACCGAGAUUGGUGAGAAGGGUAUCACCCUCUCUGGUGGCCAGAAGCAGCGUGUCAACAUUGCCCGUGCCCUCUACUUCAACGCCGAUAUCAUUGCCCUCGACGACCCUCUGUCGGCGCUCGACGCUGGUGUCGGCAAGGCCGUCUUCUUCAACGCCAUCAAGGGUGCCCUCGCAGGCAAGACCCGCCUGCUUGUCACCCACGCCAUUCACUUCCUCCCCCAUGUCGACAACGUCAUCCUCCUUGAGGACGGCCGUGUCGCUGAGACUGGCACGUACGCCGAGCUCAAGGCCCAGGGCGGCGCGUUCACCCGCCUUGUCAAGGAGUUUGGUGCCGAGGACACGGAGGAGGCCGAGGCCGCCGACGAGGAGAUUGCCAUCAACACGUCCGACCCCAAUGCUCCCGCGUCGGCGCCUGUCGACCGCUCCAAGAUGGUCACCCGUGGCCUCCGUCACCAGCUCAUGCAGGAGGAGGAGCGCGGCACUGGCGCCAUCAGCGGCCGUACCUGGAUCGACUACUUCAAGGCUGGACACGGCGUCUACAUGAUCCCCUUCUUGCUCCUCGCCGUUGUCAUCGCCCAGGGCUUCACCGUCGUCACGUCGUACUGGCUCAUCUGGUGGCAGAAGUACGAGUGGGGAUGGAGCAACAACAAGUUUAUGGGCGUGUACGCCGCCCUCGGUUUCGGGUCGGCUAUCUCCGCAUUCUUCAUGGGCUUCACCAACGCCUACAUCAACUACUUUGCCUCGGUCCGCCUCCAUGCCGACGCCAUCCAGCGCAUCAUGUUCGCGCCCCAGAGCUUCUUUGACACGACUCCGCUCGGCCGAAUCAUGAACCGCUUCUCCAAGGACAUUGACACGAUUGACAACACAUUGAGCGAUGCUAUGAGGAUGUCGGUGGGCACUCUUGGAAAUAUUGCCGGCGCAAUUGUCCUGUUGGCCAUUGUAUCCCCGUGGUUCUUGAUCGCCGUGUCGGUCGUUCUGGUCUGCUACUGGCACUGUGCGCAGUUUUACCGCCGGUCGUCGCGCGAGUUCAAGCGAAUCGACGCCCUCCUCCGGUCUUCGCUCUACUCCCACUUCUCUGAGUCGCUCUCGGGCAUCGCUACCAUCCGCGCGUACGGAGAGAGUGAACGGUUCUGCGCCGACAAUGUGGCGCGCACUGACGUGGAAAAUCGUGCCUACUUCAUGACUAUAGUUAACCAGCGCUGGCUGGGAAUUCGUCUCGACAUGCUCGGCUCCCUCCUCACCUUCUCGGUCGCCCUCAUCGUCGUCCUCAACCACAAGGUCACCGCCGCCAAGUCGGGCCUCGGCCUCUCGACCAUGCUCACAGUGCAGCAGGCCUUCUCUUGGCUUGUCCGCCAGCUGGCCGAAGUUGAGAACGACAUGGUCGGCGCCGAGCGUAUCCUCCACUAUGCCAACCACCUGGAGCAGGAGGCCCCGCAGAAGAUUCCCGACACCCUGCCCCCUCCCACGUGGCCGGCCGAGGGAAGGAUCGAGUUCGACAACGUCUUCAUGAAGUACCGCCCCGAGCUGCCCAACGUUCUCAAGGGCCUGUCGCUUAGCGUCAAGGCCAACGAGAAGAUUGGUGUGGUCGGCCGCACUGGUGCCGGCAAGUCGUCCAUCAUGGUUACCCUGUUCCGCCUGGCGGAGCUGAGCGGCGGCAGCAUCAAGAUUGACGACAUCGACAUCUCCAAGAUUGGCCUCAACGAGCUCCGCUCCCGCAUCUCCAUCAUCCCCCAGGACCCUCUCCUCUUCAGCGGCACGCUCCGCUCCAACAUUGACCCCUUCGGCACCAAGACGGACGCCGAGCUGUACGACGCUCUCAAGCGCGCGCACCUCAUCCCGUCGGCGACUUAUGGCUCCGCCGAGCCCGGCACCGAAACGCCGACGUCUCGCUUCAACCUCGACUACGCCGUCGAGGAAGAGGGCAACAACCUUUCCGUCGGCGAGCGUUCGCUCGUCUCGCUUGCUCGUGCGCUCGUCCGCGACCCCAAGAUCCUCGUCCUCGACGAGGCGACUGCCUCUGUUGACGUCGAGACGGACGCCAAGAUCCAGGAGACGAUCCGUCGGGAGUUUGGCAACAAGACCCUGCUGUGUAUCGCCCACCGUCUGCGCACCAUUCUCUCGUACGACCGCAUCCUCGUCAUGUCGGAGGGCCAGGCCGAGGCGUUCGACACCCCCGAGAACCUGUACACCUCUGGCAGCCACUUCCGCGAGAUGUGCGAAAAGUCGGGCAUCACGCUCGAGGACAUUCGCCACUACCAGUCGCUCAAGUUUGGGGUCAGGGAGUAGACGGUGUUCACGACGUCAUUUGUGAAGCUGGGAACAGGGGCGGUGCCGACUUGGAGUUUGUCGGUGCUUUGGAAUCGCGGGUGCACGACCGGGAACAGCGCCGGGAGGUGUUCCGCUAGCCCGACGGCACCGUCCGGUGCCGUGGCCGCUCCCGGUGGCGGCGGCAGGGUUCUGGCGGGUGGGUCGGGAACUGGAAUCCAGCGAUAAAAGUCUCCUCAAAGCAUACAUAGACCUGGG